CUAUAUAGUAUUAUAAAAUUCCUCCUAACGGUAAUAUUGGCUACCUAAAAAUUCAGGGUUGGAUCAGGUUCAAUCCGGCUGCCUGUUGGGCGUACUUGGUUCUGCCGCGGGUUCUGCCGCCCUUAACUCCGGCGACUUGGUGGUCGCAGUCCGGACUCCGGAUUCUCGUAUCUUCUUCUCCCUCGAUAACAAUAACAAUGUCUUCUACGCCCAGAAAGCGCCCAAAUCUGCGCCCCGAACCCCAAUUCCGGUCGAAAGUGAUCUCUCCUUCUAUCAUGGAACCGCCGGGAUAUUUGUUCCCUCCAAGGAACGAGCUUUUCAGGCUCCUCGUCGUAGUGGGAAUCGCAUCUUCCGUGGCUUUCACCUGCAAUCUAUUGGCCAAUUACUUCAGUCCCACCUCUCCACCACCCUUUUGCGAUAGCAGUAAUAUGGGCUCCACUGAUGAUUUUCUUCUCUCAGAUGUCUGUGAGCCAUGUCCAAUGAAUGGAGAAUGUCAAGGAGGCAAGUUAGUCUGUGAUGAUGGUUACAGGAGGAAUGGGAAUCUGUGUUUAGAAGAUGGAGAAAGUAACGAAAGAGCUAAGAAACUUGCUGAACUAGUUGAGAGCUAUGUAUGUGAAUCAUAUGCUCAAUUUUCGUGCUAUGGACAGGGGAGAAUAUGGGUCCCAGAGAAUGAAAUGUGGGAAGAUGUGAAACACCAAGUGGUACAAAUUUUCCACUCGGACGAUGCAAGUUACAUCUAUGCCAAAAACAAAGCAAUGGAGAUAAUUGAUCGAUCAUUGGAGAAGAAGACAAAUCCUGAGGGGAUUACAGAGUUGAAGUGCCCUAGUGAUUUGGCAGAACGAUACAAACCAGUUAGCUGUCGUGUUCAGCAGUGGAUCUUUGAGCAUGCUUUUGUUAUAUUGCCAGUUUGUGCAAUGGUCAUUGCAUUGACAUGGUUAGUCGGGAAAAUCCGUCAGAGAUGUUAUCUUUCAACUAGAGGAGAAGAAUUGUAUCAUCAGGUAUGUGACAUGCUCGAGGAGAUUGCCUUCGAAGGCAAAAGAGAAAGUGGUGAAUUUGAACCUUGGGUGGUAGCUUCUCAGUUACGGGAUCAUCUAUUAUUGCCCAAAGAGAGGAAAAACCCUCUGUUGUGGAAAAAGGUUGAGGAGUUGGUACAGGAGGAUUCUCGAAUAGACCGAUACCCUAAGCUUGUGAAGGGUGAAUCAAAGGUGGUAUGGGAAUGGCAAGUGGAAGGGAGUUUGAACUCUGCAGGGAAGAGAACCAAAAACGCAACAGUAACCAAACUAAGAUCCAAUGGCAGCACUGAAGUACACCCUGAUAAACAAACACAAACUUCCAAAUCUGGGCAGAAGCUAGGGAUGAUGUUCUGACGAACCGGUGGCAUUUCCUGCUGUAGUUGUUACUUUCUCAGGCAGCAUGUUUCAGGCCCCUGACAAUGUAGAUAGGUUGGUGUUGCAGUUGUCUCAGGUUGCUUCCUCUCCCCUGAAUUCACUCUGUUGUUUAGUUCUGUUAGAAGGUAGAUAGGCAUCCAGCAAGCAAACAAGGAAUGAUGAGAGAGUAGGAGUUCCUUUGUUACAUGAUAGGAUGUUAUAUAGUUAAUAGGUUACUGAUCCUCAUUUCCUUGUUCAAGGGGGUGAUUAGAUGCAUGAAAGUGUAAUUUUCCCAAGAAAUCUACUAUUUCUUA